GGUGCUGAGGUCCCUGGUCACUGGUGCAUGAUUAGUCCUUUCUCCUUGAAAUCACAUUUUUUCUUCUUCCUCGUCUUCUGGCCCCUGGGAGUGUCCUUCAGGGGUGCGUCCUGGAGCCGACGCGCUGGGAUGAGGAGUCUGCGGGCGCAGGGCUCCAGGGGGCCUCCUCCUAGUUCUGCUGACCCCUGUGCGCCCCACGGCCGCGCUGCAGCCUGCCCCACGGUGGGCACCGCGCGGUGGGAACGCACGUCCCGUCGGCCGGCCCGUCGGAGGACACGCCAGGGCUCCCUCGGGAACUGAGCACACUGCUUGCCGGCGACCUGCGACCCUGUCGAGGCCCAGACCGGCCGGCGAUCCGCUCAGUGCAGGUUUUGGGAAGCCGUGACCGCAUCCGCCCGCUGUGACCCCGAGGCCCCCGGGCUGUGCAGACGUGCACACGACGGUCCCGGGCACGCAUGGGGAGUCGGGCCCAACAGGCCGUCCAAACCCAGGGUGCAGCACACAGCAGAGGCUGCGGGCGGCACCUGGAGCUGGAGACCCGACGACUCCGAGCCCCGACCCCGGGCGGAGAGGAGGCCUGGCCCCGUCACAGGCAGCAGCCCGUGGACUCUGGGGUGGGGCGUCACCCGCGGUGCACGCAGCUCCUCUCCCCGCCUGUGUCUGCGGUGGUGGUGGUGGUGGGGAUUGCAGCCCCGGCGCAGGCUUUGUGGGGCGGGGGGUGUGCAUGUUCCCUCCAGACCCGGAAGUCGCAUGAGUCGCCCGGACGUGGUCAGCACGCCGCUCUCGUGACCGGGGCCCCCAUGCGACCGUCUCUUGGUGGAACUGCUACGCCCGCCACCGGCCCGAUGGUUUUACACCAGGACCAGAUGCCAACAGUGGACGGAAAGCUAAUGUUCCCUGGAGGCGUUGGGCCUGCUGGACGGGGCAGCCGUCGCGGGGCUGGGUCGGGGCUGGACGCUCCCUGCCUGUGCCCCAGCUCGGGGUCCUGCUCCCAGGAGCUCCGUGUGGGGAGGCACGUGGCACUCACGUCCCCUGGGCAUGCUCACACCCCCCCGGGCACGCUCACCGACCCUGCUGCCCCCGAGGUUCACGCGACACCUCCCUGCCCUGCACCUGUGAGGCUGCAGCCCAGACAGUCCGUGAUCUCCCUGCUGGUGACCCGCCCGGAGCCCUCAGCCCAGCUCCGGGCUCUUGGUGCCCCUGCCCGCCUGUCCUGCCCACCUGCCCGGCCAACGUGGCCGCUGCCCCGAUGCUGCCCGCCGAGGCUUCCGCACGCGAGCCAAGGCAAUGUUACCAGAUUGGAAGUGGUCAGGAGCAAGUCUGUCUCCACCUGGCGAUUCUCUUAGAAUCCUGAUUUGUCUGAAAAUUAAUAUUCCCACGUGGCUGGCUUCCAUAUUCCACACACGCAGGACAGUCCCACGGCGCCCGAUGUCCUGGAGCAGCUCUCCCUCUCCUUGGAAAAUAUCCUUGGGCAUAAAAGCAUCUUUAAUUUCUGUUUCUCAGCCAUUUAUUCCCAUUUUGAGCUGCUGGAACAGCAGUGGUUGGGAACGUUCUGGACGCCUAAGAGCAGGGGCCGGUUGGGGUCACCUCCGGGUGGGCGAUGGCGUGGGCACCGGUGCAUGUGCCGGGGGUGGUCCACGCGGACCCCACGGCCUCGGGACGGGUGCCCACAGCCGCGCAGGACGGGGACUGUUGUCACCUUAUUCUUUUGCAUCCGUACUUCCAGAAUUACUUUCUUGACUAUGUAGAG